AUGGACACCAAUUACUUUGCCCUCACUAUUUUGCUUACCUUCACAAGUUUCUGCUUAACUAAUGUCUCUGGACAGCGGAAGGCAUGUUUGGGAAACUAUUGCUCUGGUUCGUAUAGAAUGGGGGCUGUCUGCAAAGACGGUUACUGCGUCUGUAAUAAUCAAGACUACGAUUAUAAUACUUGCUUGCGUAAGUAGUUUUGGUACAGUUCUACCGCAGACAUAUCAACACAAUCAAAUACAUAACUCUAGAACUGAUCACAGCCAUUAUCAUACUCCGAAGUGGCAGGUGUGUUCCUCCUUCAUUAAAGAUACAAAAUUUGGAACUUUGUUGAAGUAAACUUUAAGAGAGCACAAGAAAGUAAAAUGUGAUUCUCAGGUAAUUUCCUACAUGCACACCCAUCCCGCAAACGCUUAACACCAAUUCUCCUUUAAUUCUCCAACCCAGCCCUCAACCUGUUGUCUUUUGUCUUUUUAUUCUGCUGAUGCUGAUUUCUAGUAACUGUUUCAUUUCUACAGCUGAUGCAUAUGGAUGUAGAAUAGAGGUGAAUUCUGAUACAGCCCUUGCCAAACCAAACAACCAACAACAACAGGGCUAUUCUACUUAUAGUUGCACGCCUAGCAGCAGUUCCACACAGUACGAGGUCCACGUACUGGCUGUGUACGAGGUUAUUAACAGGCGUCCUCCAACAGCCGGUAACGCAAAUGUGAAUAUCGCCAGUCGUGGACAGUCAAACAGACCUAUUGUACUCGUACUUGGAAGCUACGAACCUGUUAACUGGAUUCUCAAUUUACCCGCUGGUAUUUCCAUCAGUAAAGUGAUACUGGUAAGUACAUUCGCACAUCAUGAACUAAAAGAAAAAAAAAAUCAUUCCACUCAGAGACCUGUCGUUACGCAGUUUUCUUUUACCAACAGCAUGUCAAUUGUGGGGUAAGCUUUUUGAAAAUAUUUUGUUGUUACAUUUUCAGAAUAAAACCAAGAAAUAAUUAUCUUGCCUUUCAAACAAGAAAAGAAAUGUUGGUGAGGGAGAGUUCUGUUUUAUUUGUAGGUUUCUUAUUCAUUGGAUAAAAGUUCUGUUAGUGGAGAUGUGAACCAAGUGCAAGCAAUUGAACGAAAGAGUACCCUCUAUUCAGACUGGGAUAGUGGCCAUGGCAGUGAUUCGGGGGGAGGAAAUACAGUUGGGCUUCUAAAGUAAGUCACUUACUGAACAGCAAAGUUAUAUUUGAGUUUAUUUCGCAUUGUCCGUCGAAAAGAUGUUCAAUCUAAAGUCUUGAUUUUUUUCACAUAUAUGGUAGCUUUAUAAUGUUCAUUUUGGACACCACAAACAUUUUGCCUUUUUUGUAGAAAUGUGUACAACAGAUUUGGUGUGGUGACGUCGUUUACAGGUACUUACAUAGCGAAUCAAUGGUCACUGGUGGUACGUUCCUCAAACGGUACGUUUAUCAAACUGGUCCCUUCUUUUUAACCGAUAUAAACUAAUGUUUUUCAUUAUCUUUUCUUAUUAUUCAUUCAAAAUAUUUCCCCGAUUCUGAUUGGCUAAAAGCACACGUUUAAUUUACCAUAACCAGUUACUGAUGAGCAAAUUUGGAAGAAUUCUGACUUUAACGAGGAAAUGACGUCAAAAAUGCAGCGUUUUCGCAGGUUAAGGCACCGUUAACCGAGAAGACCUGGGGACGAGGUUGAGUUGUUUUGGUUGUGAACUUGAAAAAAUGGCGGACAUUUCACUCGUUUCAAGAGUAAGAACCAUAGGCGUACGGGCCGGGGGGGCGAGGGGGGCUGCAGCCCCCCCAAAUUUUGGGCAACUCAGAUUUUUUGGGCAGCAAGAGAAAAUUUGGGCAAAGGCAACUUUUAAAGACGUUUUCACGUUUUGCCAUUAGUAUUUUGAAGAGAUAAAUAUUUUCUAUUUUAACCUGAAGUCGGCGUAAUAAUCAAGUUACAUUCACACGAGACAGUGGCUGCCAAGCACGUGAUGAUUUUCUGUUUAUGAGGGAAGGGUUUUUUUUAAUCGUUGGGCGCUGUACUACAAUACAUACAUACAUACAUACAUACAUACAUACUUUAUUGACUUUCCCAAGGGGCUUUUCAAAGACAAUACAUGAUCCUAUUUACAAUUAAAAAAUGUUUUAAAAUAUAUAUAAAAUUACAAUUCUUUAAGUAAUUUAGUACGUAAACGAGUUUUAAAAACAUCAAUCGAGUUACACAGUUUAAAGGAAUUGUCUAAGGAGUUCCAUAAGUUCACAGUUCUAUAGAAAAAUGUUCUCUGACCGGCAGCUGUUCUAAAAAAGGGAAUUUGUAAAAGCUGUGAAUUUCUGGUGCUACGUCGGCUAACCUCUGCUCGCUUUAUGAAUUUUGAUGUAAGGUAUUCAGGGGCUUGACCGGUCAUACAUUUAAAAGCCAUUGUAGCGUUCCGGUAAUAAAGCUGACUGGGAACUGAAAGCCAAUUUAGCUCCUUGCGAAUUGGUGUAACAUGGUCAAAUUUACGCGCGCCGCUAACAAUGCGGCAUGCGAAGUUCUGCACUGCCUGUAACUUGUUGACAUUACAUUUUGAGGUAUUUGACCAAACAUUGGAGCAAUAAAAUAACCUGCUAAAAACUAAGGAAUUAAUAAUCAUCAAAAGUGUACGUUUGUCGAAGACAUGCUUGACACGGUUUAUCUGGCCAAGGCGGGACAUGCACGAGGAAGCGGUUUUAAUUAUAUGUUCAUCGUAAGUUAAAUUAGGAUCCAAAGUCACACCAAGGUCUUUGGCGGUGUCUGUAGGGACAAUGUCCUUACCCAUAAAGGAAAGGUGACGAAAUUGGAAUUUUGCACGCAUCUGCCUGCUGCCAAAUAUCAUCAACUUGGUUUUGCCAGGGUUUAGUAACAAUUGAUUGUUGGAACACCAUUCCCCUAUUUUAAACAGGUCGUCUUCCAAAUCAGAAAUUGCAUCCAGGUUGGCUUUAAGCUCGAAGGAAGUGAUGAGUUUCGUAUCAUCUACAUAACUCUGGGUGCUGCAUUUCUGUGGGAUCAAUGGAAGAUCGUUCGUAUAUAUGCUAAAAAGAAGUGGGCCCAAGAUGCUUCCUUGAGGAACGCCACUGGUCACAGACAAAGGCUCAGAUAGCGUUGAAUAGAUUCGUACUACUUGUGACCUGUUGCUUAGGUAACUACGAAACCAUUGGAGAGUGUCACUGGAAAUUCCGACAUCUUGCAAUUUUAAAAUUAACGUGUCAUGAUUGACACUAUCAAAGGCUUUGCUCAUAUCUAAUAGUACAACUGCCGUUAACUUCUUUUUAUCGAUGGCGUUAAGAAUUGUGUCUGUUGUUUCAAUGACAGAUGUUUCACAAGAGUGCCAUCUCUUGUUACCGCUUUGACUCUUUGAUAGGGUGUCAUUUGAUUGCAGAUACGAGGUGAGUUGAUUAUGUACUACCCUUUCGCAAACCUUCGAUAAAACUGGUAGAAGUGAGAUGGGUCUAUUGUUGUUUGCCUGUUCAUGGUCGCCCUCCUUUAGGAUGGGUGUAACCUCGGCUGUUUUCCAUUUUGAUGGAAAAACACAGUUUUGAAAGGAUGCAUUAACGAUAGACGUUAUUGGGUGAGCAAUUGGAUUAAGACAGUCUUUGAUGACACGAAUCGGAAUUUUAUCUAUCCCGGGGGCCUUGUUUGAAGGCAUCGCUGCUAUUAUACGCUCUACUUGUUUAUAAUCAACGGUACUAAGUGUGAACUGGUCAGAGGAAGCGUAUUGUCUCGGCACGAAAUAAUUCUGAUUAAGUGUUAAGUUGCAUUCAUUAGCCAGGGACGUAAUUUUGUCAACAGUGCUCUGACCAACAGAUACGAAGAACUGGUUAAAUUCGUCUGCAACAGAUUUGACGCUCUUACUAAAUGUUCGCUGGGAAGUAGAUUUAUUGGGGACACACUGGCGGAUUGCUUUCCAGAUAUUAUUGGUGUUAUUUGGGCUAUUUCCAAUCGUGAAUUGAUUAGAAUAAACUUCCGCCUAACUUUCAAGAAUCAUCUCCGCUUGUAGAACAGUGUAUGGCAGAUAGCAUCAGCGAUUGAUCUGAAAGUGAAGAAGUGCCUGACGAAUUCUCACUCUGAUUUACGAGAAGAAUCUUAAUUUUUUUAAAAAAAUCUAUCAAGUGGUUCAAAUUAUUCACUAAUUUGUUAAAGUAGACCGAAAUGUUUACAAAACCGUUAACAAGAGCGCCAUAUGAUACAUACUAAUGAAAUCCUUCUUUGUAGCCGUGAUUGACCAGAAUUAUCUCUAAAAUAACUCACACACAUUUUUAAAACGAUUGAAGCUAUAUAUUAUGAGGUGAAAUUGCAUGUCAAAAGCGCUUCGUUUUCUACAGAUAACGGCUAAACAUCAAGAUUUUCCUUGUUUUACUCUAUUUCUAACGAUAAAAACUUUAUCCCAAAAUAUCCCGAUAACGCUCUCACAGAUUCCGUUUUAACUUCACAAACAUCGAGGCGACUAUUGGAGGAAAAAGCUCUCGAGAACGAUUUCAUAGACCUAGGUAAUGGCAUCAUUUCGUUGCUAUGACAACUCCGAUGUCAUUGCAACCCUGAUCAUGACAAAUUUUCAUCUUUAUAUAAUACAACUGUGGUGGCAAUUUUUCCAAAUGUUUGUUUAUAGCAAGGUAUAGUUUAUGCUCAAGCUUGGCAGGUAUAUAUUGACCCUGAAAAACUGUAUUGAGGCACGUUCGUAUGCCAGUACGGCCUAUGUUGUUGCAUCGUAUGGCCCUUGUGUAAAAAUUUGGGCAACUUGCGAGAAUUUUUUGGGCAAAUGGUUUACCGCCCCCCCUGGCCGAAAAUUGCCCGUACGCCUAUGGUAAGAACUAGGCGAAAAAAUAGUUAAAAACAUGGCAGGAACAGCAAGAAGACAACUCGAAGGGCGACAUCUGCUAUUUGGAGAAUAUUUGCGGAGCUGGACAAACCUAAACGUACACUAUCGAAGAUGAAAUGAACAUCGAUGGAGGUAAGCAUGUUUUAGCUAUGUUUUUAAACUAGGAAUUAUUUUGAAUGAAUAAUAAAACAGUUAUUGAAUUCGGCUUUCGUAUCAUAUGAAGAAUUAUGGAGAUCUCGGAGGGUGUUAUCCGCCUCGGCCUACGGCCUCGACGGAUAACACCCUCCUCGAUCCCCAUAAUUCUUCAUAAGAUACUCAGCCUCAUUCAUUAACUGUUAAUUAUUAGAGUCUAUUUGGGUAAUGCAAUGUUUCUGGUUAACCUGAUUAAUCCAAUUGCAGUAAAUAUCAUGUUUGGAAAGUCCUUUUGUGCAAAGUAGCAUAAUUACGAUUUGUCUCAAUUUUAGAUUUAGCCAGGCCUUUAAAGGCCGCUUCUCUUAAACAGUGGGGGCGUGUGUGGCCGAGCGGCUAACACUCAAACUCUAGAUCUGGAGGUCCGGGGUUCAAGCCUCGCCCGUCGCGUUGUUUCUUUAGACAAGGAACUUUACUCCACCAUGUCUCUCUUCACCCAGGUGUAUAAAUGGGUACCGGCGACAUACUGCUGGGGUAACCCUGUGCGCGAUGGACUAGCAUUCCGUCCAGGGGGAAGUAGCAAUACUCGUAGGUAUGCUUCAUGCUACGGAAACCGGUAUAAGCUCCGGCCGUGUGGGCCUUUGGCUUUACCUACCUUUACCUCUCUUAAACAGGUUCAGGGCUUGGAGCUGCACCUAGUACAUCCACCACCUCACCAACACCUACACUCAAUCCACACCAGCGUGAGUGUUAUAACUGGCAGAACUCUUACUAUUGUCGCCAAGGUUACAACAUGAAGGUUGUUUGCAAAGAGAGAUAUUGCGUCUGCACUGAUCAAGGCAACAACUAUGAAACUUGCUUGAGUAAGUUGUUUCCUAAUGAUUUUAACAAAUCAGGUCCAAAGAGCUAGCUCAGAUAUCGACGGAAGACCUGCAAAGUCGCAUUCCACCGUCAGAAAGAAAUGCCAAUGAAAAGCAUAUUGCUAAAAUUAUUUGAAAAGAACGCGGCGCUCCAGUUUUGUUAACACAAAGGUGCUGACUUCCCAAAACCAUAGAUAUCACUUAGGACGCCUAUUUCUUAGAGAGAGGUUCUCAAAUCUGUUGUUUAGGACUUGCUCAUCCCUGAUGUAUUCUAAGGUUAUGUACCCCCGUGAAGGUGGGGAAAAACACGCGCACACUAAUGGAAAAUAUAACUACCUAAAUAAAAGACACGGUGUGCUGAAUACAAAAAAGAAAAGAAGAGUUGAUCAAUCACGGUCACUAGUCAAGCAGCACAACACCAUCUCCACCCUGGCUGCAACUCUGACCGUGAUUUUUUUAAACUACUGAUGCAUUACUAAUAAGUUUUUUAUUUCUUCAGCUGAUGCAUAUGGAUGUAAAAUCGAGGUGAGUUCUACUACAGCCCUUGCUAAAGCACGGUAUAACAACCAACAGAGCCAUCCUACCUACAGCUGCACCCCCGGCAACAGUUCUACACAGUACGAGGUGCACGUAUUGUCUGUGUACGAGGCUAUUAACAGGCUUCCUCUAACAGCCGGUAACGCAAGUGUGAAUAUCGUCAGUCGAGGAAAGUCAAACAGACCAAUUGUACUCGUACUUGCAAGCUACGAACCUGUUAACUGGAUUCUCAAUUUACCCACGGAUAUUUCCAUCAGUAAAGUUCUAUUGGUAAGUACAUUCGCACAUCGGGAACUAGAUCAGUGAACUCACUUCAGCUUAGAACACUCACUUCAAUUUAGCGUGAAUGUAGCGGGCAUGCCACGAUGUUAGGGAUUUGAAGAAAACAAAUCGGAACAGCUUUGAUACUACAAUAAUAUACGCUUUGAUUUUAACAGUAACCUCUGAACCACUUUUCAGAUUCGGAAUUGAGAGGUGAACCGCUCCCUGUCUGUUUUUGCCUUUUGCGUCCGUUUUCUCUAUCCCUACUUGAUAUGAGACUAGUAUAGUCUGUUGUAUUUGAUAAAUAAACGCGACUUUCUCUUGCGUUCGCCACCUCAACCCCUCCUUCGAAUAAAGAAAAAACACUUCUCAAACGGUUUGAAGUAAACAAUUUGGUUACUAAAGUGAACAAACCUAAGAGACAUCUUGUGGAAAGAUAUUUUGAAGAAGGAAAAUUGUUGACAGUAUCGUGCUGAACUGACGUUUGUACGAAGCUCAUGUUCUCUCGUCAAACGUGGCCACCGGGCACGUUACGGCGACGCCACGGGAGGCGGGUGUGCGUCUAUCGCAAACGGCGUGUACUUUAGUAAACAACGAGAGUAUCCCGAGAAGCAAACCAGCUGCACCUGUUGACGAUGCGUGAGUUUUAUUUGUAGGUGGCUUAUUAUGUGAAUGAAAGCUUCGUUCGUGGAGAAGUAAACGAAGUGCAAGCAAUUGAACGAAGGAGUUGGCGUAAUUCAGACUGGAAAGUGGGAUGGGGCCGUGAUUUGGAGGGAGGAGAUGAUACAGUGGCGCUUCUGAAGUGAGUAACCUUAUAUAGAAUUAUGUUAGACUUGAUAUAUUUUAUCUUUUCAUCAGACAUUUAAGAAAACCUGUAACAAACAUACUCACGGUACUCUUAA